UAUUGUAUGCAUGCCGUGGAAUAACAUCGGCGAUCUCUGAGGGAGAUGAAAGGGGUUUACCUCCUACUCGGCAUUCUGGCGGUUGGAAUACCAGCUGCAAGAGGCCAGAACCUUAACUGCAAUUUUGAACAAAACCUUUGCCAAUGGACACAAGCAAGUACUGAUAAAACGGACUGGCUCAGGAUCAAUGGUUCGACACCAACAGGGGCCACCGGUCCACAACAUGAUCACACUACAGGACAUGGAAGUUAUGUGUAUUUUGAGACCAAUUCAAUAGCGGCAGGUUUUAAUGCACAGCUGUUGAGUCCCCAGGUGAGGGUGUCAGGCCAAAGUAAAGCCUGCUUGUCAUUCUGGUACUACAUGUACGGCCAACAUGUCAACAACCUAAAUGUGUACCUACAGAAAAACAACAACAACGGUCAACCUGUAUGGCAUCGCUCUGGUAACCAAGGAAACAGGUGGAUAAAUGGCCUUGUGGACAUUCCAGUAAACACAAGGGCCAAGGUUGUGUUAGAGGCAGUGCGUGGUAGGGGGUACAAAGGAGACAUCGCUCUGGAUGACAUCACCUACACUAACAAACCUUGUCCACAGAGUGGUGUAAAUACCAGCACUAGCAUCCCCUGUAACUUUGAGGAUGGCCGUAUUUGUGGCUACAAACAGGACCAGACUGACAACAUUGACUGGACACGGGCAGCAGGUGCUACACUGACGUCGGGGACUGGACCAAACAGUGACCACACCUAUGGUACUCAACAAGGUCACUACAUGUACAUUGAUGCAUCAAGUUCUCAGUCUGGUCAGAAGGCUCGCCUCAUCAGUCCGUCCAGCAAUGGUCAACAUUCCAUGUGUAUGACGUUUUACUACAGUAUGUAUGGAAAUGGAGUAGACAGUCUCAAUGUGUACGCCAAAGCUGGCAACUCACUUGGGCAGCCGAUCUGGUCCCUCAGUGGUGAUCAAGGGGUGGGCUGGUCCAUUGCCCAAGUCAGACUCCGCCGGGGAAGUGCCUUCCAGGUUGUGUUUGAAGCAGUGCGAGGCCAAACCUUCAAGGGGGAUAUUGCUAUUGAUGAUGUUAGUCUGACUCGGGGAAACUGUCCAGCAAUUGGGGUAUGCAACUUUGACAAAAAUUUGUGUGGAUGGACUAAUGACAAGGAGGACGAUUUUGAUUGGCUGCGUCAUAAUAGAGGAACAGGUACAAGUCAAACAGGACCCUCAGCGGACCACACUCAUAACAACAAUCGAGGUUACUACCUAUACAUUGAGGCCAGUUCACCCAGACGACCUAAUGACCGAGCUCGUUUGACUAGUCAGAUUUUUCGGAAGUCCAACACCGCAAAAUGUUUCCAGUUUUGGUACAACAUGCAGGGGGCCAACAUUGGAACACUCACAGUCAUCAUGAAUGUCAACAGCGUGGACAGAACUAUCUGGACACUGAGUGGCAGUCAGACAGGCAACUGGAUAUUUGGGAGGGUGCCCAUCACCAACAACAAGAACAACUUCAAGCUGGCUAUUGUUGGUACUCGUGGAAACGGUACAAAAGGGGACAUUGCCUUGGAUGACUUCGCUGUGAGGAAUUCUCGUUGCACAAUAUCACCCAGCAGUGCCCAACCUUCGCAAGUCACAACAAAACCGCCAACGACUAUAACAACAAAAGUGACAACACCUGGAACAACACCCUCAUCAAGUACAAACUCAGUCACAUGCAAUUUUGACUAUAACUUCUGUGGUUGGACAAAUCCUAAGAAUGAUGAUUUUGAUUGGACAAGGCAGAGAGGGUCCACUGCAAGCUCCCACACUGGGCCCAGUACUGACCAUACUUCUGGACAUGGCUACUACAUAUUCACGGAAUCAUCAAAUCGUCAUGCCAAUCAGAGGGCAUUACUACAGAGCAUCCUUGUGAGCCAGACUGGGCCUCAUUGCUUGACAUUCUGGUAUCAUUUGUAUGGAUCGAAUAUUGGAACCCUCAAUCUGUAUGUACAGACAGGGGCAACUCGUGGC